GUUGAAUUGCCUUGAUUUUUUGCUCAUGACCAAAACGCGUGUCUCUGAUUUCGCCUCUAUAGAAUGCCUCUAAUACUGUUCUAUCCACCACAUGUGGUGGUGUCUUUGCAAAAAGGGGCAACUGCAUAUGCUUCUGUUGCCACAAUUUCCUAGGGGCAAGCGAAGUGUUCCACCACAUACAAUGGUGACAAAAUCGGGGAUAUUGUAGAUAGAUACCCUGAACUGGAUAUUGUUAUGAUUCAGCCCACUCCAGCCAACUCUAGUCGGUUUUUGAACCAGAUAUACUUUCAGGCUGAGCUACUGACACCUGGCUGAAAAGGCUGACUUGGUCUAGGGGACAUGGUUUGAGGUUCAGAAGAUGAGUACCAGCUUGCUUUUAUUCCUAUACAUUGGGAACGCACUAAAAAGACCUGUAAAGUCAUUAGGACAUCCUGAGAUUCCAUUUCUUAAAAUGGAGAUGCAAUACCAUGUUUUGGCGCGACAAAUGUGGCUGAGUUUGAUACCCUCUUGACCAAUCAGAACAUGAACAAAUUAAGACCUUCACUAGACAUUGCUUUCAGGGAUGCCCGCCCUGACGACUCCAGUUCCCAGGUGUCCCAUCAGCGCUCACAAACCACCAGGCAUUCAUACGCAAGCACUGCAGCUACCAGUGUUAGCAUAUCUGGUGACAUAUCCAGUCAAUUACACGCUGGCUACAACCAUCCACUGAGCAGGUCAUGGCAAGCUGAAAGGCAAUUAACUAAGGAAAUGCUCAUAUACCCUCUUUUCGUCACCGAUAAUCCUGAUGAGGAAACACCCAUACCAUCCCUCCCUAACCAGUACCGUCGAGGGCUAAACCGCCUAAUCCCAUUUGUUAAGUCACUUGUUAGGAAGGGGCUUUCUUCGGUGAUCUUGUUUGGGGUGCCUCUUCAUCCUUCUGCGAAGGAUGCGCUAGGAACCUCCGCAGACGACCCUUCUGGCCCGGUUAUUCAAGCAAUACGUCUUCUUCGAUUUCAUUUCCCUAGUCUCUACAUUGUGGUUGACGUGUGUCUCUGCGAAUAUACAUCGCAUGGUCACUGUGGCAUACUGAGAGAAGACGGGACACUUGACAACGCGCAGUCUGUGGACAGAAUUUCGGAUGUUGCGUUAGCGUAUGCUGUGGCUGGUGCUCACUGUGUCGCACCUUCAGAUAUGAACGAUGGGAGAGUGCGUGCAAUAAAACUCAAGCUCAUCGAGGCUGGUAUUGCACAUCGUGUCCUAUUGAUGUCUUAUAGCGCGAAGUUUAGUGGUUGCCUAUAUGGACCCUUUCGCGAUGCAGCGGGCUCUUGCCCUUCAUUCGGAGAUCGCAGGUGCUAUCAGCUACCCCCGGGAGGUCGCGGCCUUGCUCGACGUGCAAUACAGAGGGAUGUCGCGGAAGGGGCGGAUAUUGUAAUGGUGAAACCUGCGAACAGCUACUUGGAUAUCAUUAGGGAUGCCAAAGAGCUAGCGAAAGACAUCCCUAUUGCAGCGUACCAGGUCAGCGGCGAGUAUGCUAUGAUUCACGCUGGAGCAAAGGCAGGCGUUUUCGAUUUGAAGGCAAUGGCAUUUGAGAGUAUAGAGGGUAUUCUGAGGGCUGGUGCUGGUAUUGUUGUGAGCUACUUCGUGCCGGAUUUUCUGAAUUGGUUAUCUUAGACACCAAGGUAUAAUGGCUGGAUAAAUGGAGUAUGUUUAUUAAUAUCAUCGUCCCUUGACCAUGGGUGGCUCAUUCUCUCGAGAUUCUCAUUUGUUUAAGCCUGCGAUGCCCAAACGUCACCAGCUGCACCGGCCUAGUUACUCACCUUGCCCUCUGGAACCCAUAUUCUCAGUAGGGUGCUUUAGUAUAAUGCUCGAAAUUCUUGCGCGCUCACACAACCGUCUAAGCUCUGUGGUGUGUGCAGUAUUGUUGAUCCUUCUAUACGGGGACUGUCGAAUCACCGCUCUGACACUGCCCACCCCGAAAAUAAUUCGCUCAAUACGGAGAAAAUCCUUAUGAACCCUCGACUAAACAAUCGAGUAUGCUAUCUGCCAGUUGGUACUUGGGCCUGCUGAGUGCACCUGUUCAUAUAAACUGAGGAAAGUUCCAAAAAAGAAAAAUAUAUGAGAUCAGAAUUUCUCUACAGUGGUAGACCCCUGAAAGAUUCCCCAACUAUUACAGGGGCUUCUUGGAGUACUACUGUACAUAGCUAGAGCCUAUGGGGCAUAACUAACUGUAACUAAUGUAAUCAAGCACUGAACUGCGAAUACCACCGAGCUGCAAAUUUCUCGCUGACCUCCACCACCUGAUUAGAAAUUAAUGCUUUUCCAACCACCAACACCAUUAAAUUAGACUGUAUAGUAGUGCAUUAUACAGCUAUUUAGUAGUGCAAUUCCUUAUUGUAUGACCAACAGUCCUAUAACUACUGCAGUGUUGUGGAGCACACUUCUGAGACCUAAAGAUAGGCUCCUCAAUCUAUGUAUUUAGCUCUUGAACAUGCUGCUGACCUUUCUGUACAAAGAUAGUGUCUAUAUCUAAACUAACCUAUUUUUAUGUUCUCUUCUUAAUCUUCUUUUCAUUUUCUGCCUAUAGAGAUUUGAUUUCUUGAUAAAAAAGAGUAUUCAUAUUCAUUGCUGUAUAUACAGCCCUUUCAAAAUGUUGUGGAAUAUGCAUGUAACUCAGGGAAGAAGGGCAGAAUGAAGCUGUAUCGACUACACGUACGUAGCCUACUAAGGAACGGAUGCCAUUCUGUUCUAUCUCUCUGAUGCUCUCUCUACAUAUAAUCAGGGGCCCGGAUUCUCAGGGGUUGGAGAGGGAGCCAAGCCACCAUACCACGUGACCUUUUCC